AACUCAACAGAAAACAGGCACAUUUGCCGCAGAGUCACUUCUUCGACUGACUCUGCAUGCCAAUGCUUCGGCGUGCGUGUUCCGUAGCGCUGUACUUCUCCAGUCGCUUCCCCGAGAAAAAUGGGUGUGUAGAGAUUCUAUCAACCAGUUCUUCUCUGGGUAGACAAAGAAACAUCUUGUUUCCUGAAAGAAGGACUUCCAGUGCCGUGAUAUGCCUCCGUAUCUGUGCACCGCGUCCCGCUGCGUGAAAACGGGAGAGGGCUUUGCAGCCAGUCUCUUUUUCCUGAGUUAUUAGAAAACUGUGGAGAGUCGAUGACUGAAAUCGUGUUUCGUAUGAGAUCUGCACGUGUUUCUCUCUUCGAUGAGACGGGCAUUUGCAGACCUGGAGAACAUGUCGAGGGUUUGAAGGAGCGGCGCGCGACUCCCGCAGCUCGCCUUGAAAAAUCGCCAGUCCUCAACCUCCCUUUUCUCCGGGAAUCAAGAGCCGCAAGGUCACAUGCAGACUCUUCCAACGUUGAAACACUUUCUCGUCUCUGCGUUGCGUCUUUGUCUGUGACCCUCGAAACCGAUUCGCCUUGCUCCCGCGCCCUGUGAGGAGCAGCUGUCUGUACACCCGAAGACAACCGGGAAAAAUCCCCUCGAAGCAGCGACCUGUUUCAGACCUUGGCGUUUGAUGCGCCUCUGUGUUUUGCCGCAGACAUUAGGGCGUCUCUCUUUGUCGGGGCGAAGAGGAAAGAAGCAGACUGGGGAGAGCUGAGGUUCGGAGCAAAGAGUCUGAAGCACGACCGCGAAGGGUGAACGCUUCUCCGAGAAGUUGUGGUCUUUGCCGAGUUUUGUAGUCUCAAGGCGCCGCACCAAGGACACACGUUGACUUUCAGCGGAAACAUUUCUCAGUCUGCUUUGUUUUUCUGGAUCGAAAGAGCCGUUUCCUCGCACUGACUCAGACCUCCGGCUGGUGCCCGGCGAAGGCCAGGCGUUUUCUCCCCUCUUUUCUGCCCUUUCGCUCCCCUUUCUGAAACGUGAGAUCUGCUGUGCACGCUCUUCUCGAAGUUCUGGAAUUCUCCGGCGGCGAUUCGCUGAGGUGUCUCGCGGAAACGGCCUCGCGACUUCUUUCCAGCAAGCUCGACUGUACAUACACCGCACCAUGGCGACCACCGACGGCACCGAGUGCAAGCGAAUCAUCGACCCUACUCCCAUCGACGAUGAAGGAGUUCUGACGCUCAUUGAACUCGAUUCUCAGCAUCCUGUGAUCAUCGCAGCGAACACGCAGAUUCAACAGCUGCUUCUGGCUGCAGUUAACAAGUUGAACGCGGAGGCUGCGGCGCUGGAAGACAGAAGCCGGCUCUCGGAAGAGUCUUCUGAAAAGAGUCUCGAAGAUGAACAAGUCUUCAACGCCGCAGCGCUCUUGGUCUCCGACGACCGCGAGAAACUCUGUGACCAGAUGAAGCAGUGCCGCAUUCUCCUCGAUGCAUGCAACCGCGUCGUUGUCGACCUGGACAGCAUCGACUUCUCUGCCAUGAAAGUGAUUUGGGGGGAUGAACGUUCUGUGCGGCAGUCGCGGAAGCAUCUGACGCAACUUGUGGAGCGCAUGUCCGAUUGCCUGGAGAAGACGCAUCUCUUCUUCAAAAGCGUUUUCGGCCGCCUUCCGGAACUGGCUCCUUCCCCCACCGCGUCUGCUGCUGAGUCGAGUCUUCCGGUCGCGGGAGUUGCAGCCUCCAGCGCAACCGAAGGAGAACUUCCCGAGAAAGAGGAGUCCGAGAGAACCGCAGAAGCUCGCGGGACUUGGGUUGCAGGCGACCUCGCCGACGCACAUGCGCCCGGCGCCGGUCGAGGGUGUGGACGAGGCGAGGCCUUUCUUGGCGCAGGGAGAGGGAGAGGCCUGGUCGCAGGUCGCGGACGCGGCGUCGCAGGUCCUGCGGGGAGAGGCGGAGGCUUUGGACCCGGAGAGAGUUCCUCGGAGGACGAGGCCGGAAGAGUUCCUACCGCCUCGGGAGAUCCGCAGGCCGCGUCUCGUGCGUCGCCUUCCUCUGAGCCGCCGGCUGGCGAAGAAGGCGAAGCAGAUGGCGAGCGAACGGAGACAGCUGGUCGGAAGCACCCGCGGGCGGACGCGGAAGAGCCUGGAGUUGACAAAUGGGGAAAUCGAAGGUGGAAACGAAAACCAGUCGCACACGUCGAUUGGCUGCUGAAAUGUCGCACGAAACUCUGCGAGUUGAAAGAACGAACAGUCCACAAGGCGAUCUCCGACGUCUUCAUCAAAGAACGAGCAACACAAGAGACCAUUGAAAAUCUCAAUCACAACGCGAGCAAGUUGGAAGUCGUAGCCAGCAAGCCUCGCGCGGAAAUCACGGCAGACGACCGCCGCGUUUUCAUGCGUUGCAUUGAAAGUUACAUCGCCGGCCUGGACAAGGCAUGUGCGUUGACGGCAAAGCAAGCGAUGAACAAGAGGCAACUCAUGAAUCUUUUCGAGAGCGCAUGCAAAGUGGAGAAGCUGCAGACGCCGGAGGAGCUCCUGCAAGAAAUGAGGAGUACAGCGUCGCUUCUGCAGACCUUCGCCUUCAUGCCUCCGAGCCGAGAUAGCGAUUCUGAUUGAAAGGCUCGCCUCCCUUGUUUCCUCUUCCUUUCCUCUGUUUUCUUUUCUCUCUUCUGCUGUCUGUUUCGUCAUUUCUGCUUUCGUCGCUUGUUGCCUUCUCCUUUUUCUCUUUUCUGCUUGGUUUAGGCCUCUCUCCUGGGGUUGAAGAACGGUUUGUAUCUCUUGCUUUGUGUUUUCUGCGGAUCUCCUUUUUCCUCUCCCUUGCCGCAGUCAUCCUCGAAACGCGACGAAAUAUUUUCUUUCUUCAACCUUUAUUCACUCUUCCCAACUUCGUCCUCUUCCUUUUAUUUCUUCUCUUCCUCUUCUUUACUUUUUCUAAUUUGGCGCCUCGUUUCUUCCACCCUUUUGUCUCGGAGCGAGGCAGAGCAAGCGUCUCUGAUCGCCGAGUUUGUGUUUCUCUUCAGUUUUUUCGGGGGGGAGAAAGUGGUAAGAUGCUUCCUCCAGUUGUCGCACAAAGCCAUAGUUUCCUCAGGCCACUGUCUUUGUCUUUUUUGUGUUUCGCAUGCGGACGAGCUGUUUUGAAGACAUCUGGCCUCUCAGACGGUUGAGUAGGCGG